AUGGGCUGUGAACAGGAAGACGACGCAAGCACCAGGCUGCAGCGUCUCUCUGGGAUUGCCCUCCAGCCCGAAGAGAACCCUUACUCUGCCCUGAUCGCCGCCUGCCGCGAUGACCCGGCCGAGAUGCAGCUGCUCUACUCGGUGCACCGCACGCGGCGGAAUGCCCAGCAGAGGGAGGCAUUCCUCGCCUCCGACUUCAAGGGCCUCGCGAUCGACCAGACCUUGCUGCGGCUGGAGCGGCCAGGCGUCGAGCCCGGCUUCACAGACGAGCGGAGCUGCUUGGUGUUUUGGGCGAGGCCGCCAGAUCACGUCGUCCGCCUGGCCGCCAAGCUGCAGGACUUGCUGAGCAAAGCUGCGCCCGGCAUGUGGCUGAUGCCGACGCACCGGAUGCACAUGACCGCCCUGGAGGUGGCCUUCUCCAAGACCUCCCGCGAGAUCGGGGAGCUGGUGUCUGCCCUGGGGCCCCGCGUCGCCGACAUUGCGUCCUACACCCGUCUCCAUCGCGCGCGGCUCGUGAAGCCCAUGGUGUGCUAUGACACGUCUGCCGUUGCCGUGUCCUUUGUGCCCGCGUCUGGCGAGGAGCCGCUGUCGCCGCCGCCGACUGCUCCCGACGCGCCGCCCGACGCGGUCACCCAGGGCGACGGGUAUACGUACCACCACUUGCGGCGGGAUCUCUUUGACAAGGUCCACGAGGCUGGGCUGCACGUCGGCUCGCGCUAUCAGGUGCCCAGUGCGCACGUCACGCUGGGUCGCUUCUUGGACGGGGCCGAUCACGAUACGGCCGAGAAGAGGGCCGUCUGGGUCAAGGCCAUCGAGGACAUUAACCAGUGGUUGGAGAAGGACGUGUGGGAUAACAAGCACGCCGAGUACAUUGGUGAAUGGGUCGUCGGCCACGAGAAGGGCUUGGACGCCAGGAGCGGCACCUUGUGGUAUGGCGGUGGCAGGACGAUUUUGCUGGGUGAGGGAUUCUAG